AUGGACACGCAAGGGAGAAAUACUGACAGAACUGAUGGAGGUAACCAGCCCAAAGGUGGAGGCAGCUCUGAUGAUGGUGGGCCAGACAACCAGGCCAAAGGUGGAGGCAGCUCUAAUGAUGGUGGGCCAGACAACCAGCCCAAAGGUGGAGUCAGCUCUGAUGAUGGUGGACCAGACAACCAGCCCAAAGGUGGAGGCAGCUCUGAUGAUGGUGGACCAGACAACCAGUCCAAAGGUGGAGUCAGCUCUAAUGAUGAUGGUGGACCAGACAACCAGCCCAAAGGUGGAGUCAGCUCUAAUGAUGGUGGACCAGACAACCAGUCCAAAGGUGGAGGCAGCUCUAAUGAUGAUGGUGGACCAGACAACCAGUCCAAAGGUGGAGUCAGCUCUGAUGAUGGUGGACCAGACAACCAGCCCAAAGGUGGAGUCAGCUCUGAUGAUGGUGGACCAGACAACCAGUCCAAAGGUGGAGGCAGCUCUGAUGAUGGUGGACCAGACAACCAGCCCAAAGGUGGAGUCAGCUCUGUUGAUGGUGGACCAGACAAGCAGUCCAAAGGUGGAGGCAGCUCUGUUGAUGGUGGACCAGACAACCAGUCCAAAGGUGGAGGCAGCUCUGUUGAUGGUGGACCAGACAACCAGUCCAAAGGUGGAGGCAGCUCUGAUGAUGGUGGACCAGACAACCAGUCCAAAGGUGGAGGCAGCUCUGAUGAUGGUGGACCAGACAACCAGUCCAAAGGUGGAGUCAGCUCUGAUGAUGGUGGGCCAGACAACCAGUCCAAAGGUGGAGUCAGCUCUGAUGAUGGUGGACCAGACAACCAGUCCAAAGGUGGAGGCAGCUCUGAUGAUGGUGGACCAGACAACCAGUCCAAAGGUGGAGGCAGCUCUGUUGAUGGUGGACCAGACAACCAGUCCAAAGGUGGAGGCAGCUCUGUUGAUGGUGGUGGUGGGCCACACCUACAGGAAGAAAAGGAACUCAAGGAGAGUCUGCAGAAACUGAAAAAAAUUAUAUCACCACAAUGUUUCACAUGUGCUGAACGUUUGAAAGAGUGCUCCAUCAACAAAACUCCAACUGACCUGAAGGAUCUUUUAUAUUUCUUUAAUCUUUUAGAGAAAGAAUUACACCAGAAAGCGUCACAGCCAUCAAUGUGGCCUUUCACAUUCAGUUGGUUUUGUCCAGCAGUAUCUACAGUGAAGGUGUUCUCUGUCGUCACUGGUGAGACCUUUGGUGCUGAUGAGGCCAUACUGACACAACUGAAGAAAAGUGAAGCAGUGGAGACCAAUGACCUGCAGGAUAGUGACGUCAUCAUCGUCUUCUGUUCAGUCAAGUCUCGUGUUGAAUCAGAUGUGGAUGCAGCCAUGAGAAAGGAGGCAGUGUCAUCUGGAAACAAACCAGUUAUUUUAGUGGUGAUGCAUCACACCAGAGAUCACAACUUUUCACCUGGUUUGACACAAUGGUCAGAAAUGUAUCCGAACAUCAAGAUGGUCACUCACAUUCUCUUCCAUGAGACUCAGCCGGGAUUACUGAACUGUCCAAGAAAUCACCGGGCCAUCCAACAAAUACAAAAACAGUUAAGAUCUUUGACCUAACAGUUAGUCAGGUUGGUUAGUUUGAUGCCUGAAUAUGAAAGAAUGAAAUAAAGAAAGCAGAAUUAUCACUUGAUUCACAGUCCAGAGUCAUAGUUUGUUUCAUGUCCUCCUAAAUGACUCAGAUAUUUCAUCAAUAGUCUUGUUGAUCAGAACAAAAUACCUUAUGAAUCAUCUGCAGGUUAAUUUGUCUGUAUUCUGGUGUAUUACUGUCACACAGCAGAUAUAAAAGAAACACUUUUAAUUAAACUUCCAUAUUAAUGUUCUGUUGGUUUGUCUCUAACCCUCGUAUCAAAUCUUUGCUUCGCAAAUCAAAGUUGAACUGAUUUAAUUUUGAUUUAAUAAAAAGAUUUUCUGUCUA